AUGGAGUCCCAGGGAGGUCGCGGUUACCCUGAGUCGCGGAGGAACUGUUCCGAGGCCGGCGACUCCAUGGAGUCCCAGGGAGGUCGCGGCUACCCUGAGUCGCGGAGGAACUGUUCCGAGGCCGGCGACUCCAUGGAGUCCCAGGGAGGUCGCGGUUACCCUGAGUCGCGGAGGAACUGUUCCGAGGCCGGCGACUCCAUGGAGUCCCAGGGAGGUCGCGGUUACCCUGAGUCGCGGAGGAACUGUUCCGAGGCCGGCGACUCCAUGGAGUCCCAGGGAGGUCGCGGUUACCCUGAGUCGCGGAGGAACUGUUCCGAGGCCGGCGACUCCAUGGAGUCCCAGGGAGGUCGCGGUUACCCUGAGUCGCGGAGGAACUGUUCCGAGGCCGGCGACUCCAUGGAGUCCCAGGGAGGUCGCGGUUACCCUGAGUCGCGGAGGAACUGUUCCGAGGCCGGCGACUCCAUGGAGUCCCAGGGAGGUCGCGGUUACCCUGAGUCGCGGAGGAACUGUUCCGAGGCCGGCGACUCCAUGGAGUCCCAGGGAGGUCGCGGUUACCCUGAGUCGCGGAGGAACUGUUCCGAGGCCGGCGACUCCAUGGAGUCCCAGGGAGGUCGCGGCUACCCUGAGUCGCGGAGGAACUGUUCCGAGGCCGGCGACUCCAUGGAGUCCCAGGGAGGUCGCGGUUACCCUGAGUCGCGGAGGAACUGUUCCGAGGCCGGCGACUCCAUGGAGUCCCAGGGAGGUCGCGGUUACCCUGAGUCGCGGAGGAACUGUUCCGAGGCCGGCGACUCCAUGGAGUCCCAGGGAGGUCGCGGUUACCCUGAGUCGCGGAGGAACUGUUCCGAGGCCGGCGACUCCAUGGAGUCCCAGGGAGGUCGCGGUUACCCUGAGUCGCGGAGGAACUGUUCCGAGGCCGGCGACUCCAUGGAGUCCCAGGGAGGUCGCGGUUACCCUGAGUCGCGGAGGAACUGUUCCGAGGCCGGCGACUCCAUGGAGUCCCAGGGAGGUCGCGGUUACCCUGAGUCGCGGAGGAACUGUUCCGAGGCCGGCGACUCCAUGGAGUCCCAGGGAGGUCGCGGUUACCCUGAGUCGCGGAGGAACUGUUCCGAGGCCGGCGACUCCAUGGAGUCCCAGGGAGGUCGCGGUUACCCUGAGUCGCGGAGGAACUGUUCCGAGGCCGGCGACUCCAUGGAGUCCCAGGGAGGUCGCGGUUACCCUGAGUCGCGGAGGAACUGUUCCGAGGCCGGCGACUCCAUGGAGUCCCAGGGAGGUCGCGGUUACCCUGAGUCGCGGAGGAACUGUUCCGAGGCCGGCGACUCCAUGGAGUCCCAGGGAGGUCGCGGCUACCCUGAGUCGCGGAGGAACUGUUCCGAGGCCGGCGACUCCAUGGAGUCCCAGGGAGGUCGCGGCUACCCUGAGUCGCGGAGGAACUGUUCCGCGGCCGGCGACUCCGCUGCGGUCUUGCCGCUGAGGCCGCCUGCUCCAGAGGACCUCGGCAUGGACAAGGACUCCUGGAUGGAUGCGACGGCGCGGUUCAGCCUGGACACCGCCCUCACCAGCCUGGGGGCGCCGGAGCGCGACAGCGAGCAGGCGAGGGCCGCCGAGUCGAACGCGCGCGUGCAAGCUCGCGAGCCACGCGUGACGUCACUGCUGGCGAAGAGAACAGCGCGGUGCCAGGGUCGCCAACCGGACAACAGCCGAGUGGAGAGAGUGGCAGGGAUGAGUCCACACAAGAAGAGCAAGGAAGCAUCACUUGGUGAUCUGCUGGAACUGCAGCAAGAUGACAAGGUGCAUGAUGAUGACACCGACCAUCUGAGAUUCCUGAAAUGGAGUUAG